AUGAGAGGUUAUAAAAGUCAGAAAACUGUCAAAAUUAUCCGCUCUCUCAUUUCUAUUUUCAUCUCGUCUUUCUUCGUGCGCAAGAUUAGCGGUAAGAAUGUGCUAUUUGCUGUUCAAAAUUGGACUGAUUAUAAUUUGACUUGGGAUCCUGAAGAAUACGGUAAUAUAACAAGUCUUCGUUUCCCAGCAAGUCGGUUGUGGAAGCCUGAUGUUCUGCUGUACAACAGUGUGGAUUCAAAUUUUGACUCGACAUAUCAAGUGAAUAUACUGGUUUCUAACGAUGGUUCCGUUACGUGGAUACCACCGGGUAUUUUUAAAUUUAGCUGCAAAAUUAAUAUCAGAUGGUUUCCAUUUGACGAACAGCAUUGCUCAAUGAAGUCUUUAACUGCAGGCUUCAUAAUGAACAGGACCAUAAAACGUUACGAAUGCUGUCCGGAGCCAUAUAUUGAUGUGACGGCUCACUUUUGGCUUCGCCGUCGUGUCCUUUAUUACGGAUUCAACUUAAUAAUGCCAUGUGUGCUGACGACAAUGAUGGCUUUACUUGGGUUUACUCUUCCUCCAGAUGCGGGAGAAAAAAUUACCCUUCAAAUCACAGUUUUGCUAUCUAUUUGCUUCUUCCUUAGCAUUGUGUCUGAUAUGUCGCCUGCAACUUCUGAAGCCGUACCACUCUUAGGAAUAUUCUUCUCAUGCUGCAUGAUUGUUGUCACAGCGUCAACGGUGUUCACCGUUUAUGUACUCAACCUACAUUUUCGAACUCCCGAAACUCACGAAAUGGGAGUCAUUACUAGAACAAUACUACUUUAUUGGCUGCCAUGGCUCUUACGGAUAAAUAGACCUGGAGUAAAACUCACGUGGCAAACGCUUCCUCCGCUUUUCUUCUGGACAAAACCUGAAACUCAUAGCGAAUCUCUGCUGAGGAAUAUUAAAGAAGCUGAAACAGGAUCAAGGUCAAAUUCGCUCAACGCCGGAAAAAAGUCGUUUAGAUGUUUGAGUCAGUUUGCUAACGGCAGCAGUACCCAGCCUGUCAUAUCAUUUAGAAAUCCACAUUCCAUACCUUCUAGCUCCAGCAUUGACAUAGACGACCACGCAACCCUGUUGGUGCUACAACGAAUUUAUAAGGAGCUUAAGACAAUGACAAAACGGAUGGUCGAAACAGAUCGCGAUGCAGAACAAGCAAAUAAUUGGAAAUUUGCAGCAAUUGUAAUUGACAGGCUUUGUUUAUAUUUGUUUACUGUUUUUUUAAUUGCAUCAACCUGUGGUACUCUACUUUCAGCACCAAAUAGUAGCGAUGCAGAUAACUAUAACAUAACUGCUCAAGGAGCCUUUCCAAUAAAAUAA